AUGAUUCCCCCACCACCACCACAUUAUCCCCGAACUCCCUCGCCUCCUGCCAUUGUCGAACCUCACGAACGAGGACGGCCGUCUUCCAAUGCCGCCGGAGGCUUCGCAGAAGCUAAUUCGUCGCGCCUCCGCGUCCCGUCCCCCAGCUUCCUCCUCCCGCCUGGCAUGACCUCCCCAGACGACGCGCAAAAUGCGCAUCCCCAUCCUCAUUCGCGCGGAAGCUCCCCGGCUGCCAUGCGCUCCAGGAGUCCAGCCGCAAAUCCGUUCAAUUUUGAGACCAAGAUAAUAUCGACGUCGCCGGUUCGGUCUAACAUUGGCCAACGCCGAGGCCAUCGUUACAAGCACAGUAGCAUAUCAACCCAGCACCAAAUCUUUCAGGAGCCUCCCCAGCGCCCCCCGCCCAUCCUCCCCGCCUCGCUCCCCGUCCCCACCAUACUCGAGGCCUGGUCCAGUAUGACCAGUGAUCAGCGCAACCGCCUCUUCUGGUGCUUGUGCCACACCGCUGUGGCCAUCUAUGUAUUCUUCAGUGCCUCUGGCAGUCUUGCCAUGACGGCCAUGUCUCAUCUCAUCUUCUUCGAUGUUGGUUCCGCUGCCAUCUGCGUCGCCGUCGACGUGCUCGGCAACUUUGAGGUCUGGCGCCGCAGCUCCGUCCGCCACCCGUUCGGCCUGCAGCGAUCCGAGGUCCUGGCCGGUUUCGCUAUGAGUAUCUUCCUUGUUUUUGGCGGCUUUGAUCUCAUCAGCCAUAACAUAAAGCACACUCUCGAAUCUGUCGGAUCUGAAGAGUCUGACCACCAUGCCCGUGGCCACAGUCAUAGCCAUAGUCAUGGCGGUGACCAGCGCGUCACUCCCGGCACCGUUGACCUGGCAUCCCUUCUAACCAUCGUUACCACCCUUAUCAGCGCCUAUGGGCUCAAGAACCAUGGCCGUAUACGGAGGGUUAUGCGCGUCGAGUACCCCUCAUAUUUGACGUCGCUGCCAGGGGUACUGGCAAACCCCUUCCAUCUCCUAACCUUGUUGUUUUCCUGCACUCUACUCAUCCUGCCCCUUCUGUCGGUCCCAACCUUCGGCUGGCUCGACGGCCUCAUCUGCGCCGUCAUUGCCGUCAGCAUGUUCGCCCUUGGCUUUCGCCUGGCUAUUGCCCAGGGCCUCAUGCUGCUCAUGUCCUACCGGGGUGGCGAAACUAGCAAGGCGAAGCCUGGCGGUGCCGUGGGCUUCAAGGACUUUUCCGCAUCGACGAAUGGUGAUGCCAGCAGCAAUAGUAGCGUAUCUGGAGUUGUGCGCGAGAUUGAGGCCCAACCCAACGUGUCACGCGUCGACGAUGCCCAAUUCUGGCAGGUCCAUUACGGUCUGUGCAUGGCCAAUCUAAAGAUCUGCGUCGUCAAGGGGUGUGAUGAUAGCGCACUCAGCCAGCUGCGCUCUAGGGUGACGCGGCUGAUACAGACUAGGCUUGGCGAGGCAUAUGGGCGCGGUGGCGGCUUGAGGUGGGAGGUCACGGUGCAGUUGAGCACGGAUUCACCGUAG